GGCGCAGACAGAGUUGACCAAAAACUACGAGGGGAAAGCGGCGCCGGCCGGUUGAGGGGCGCGGCGAGCCCUCUCCACGAAGCGCGCGCUGCGCUCCUGCGCGCCCGGCUGUGUCCCCGGAACGCCGCGGGAAGGGAGCCGCGCGGAGCAACAGGUGCAGCCCGCAGCCUCUCUGGGACAAGGGAAACGACCUGCAGGGCGCGGAGCCGGUAAGGCGCAGAGAGGGCUCUCUCCUCCCGCAGGGCUGCGCCGGCCGGUCCCUCCUCCCCGGCUCGGUGGCGGAGCAGCAGACGCCCGGCGCUCUUGGGACCGCCUCGUGAGUGCGGGAAGGUCCAGCUCCAGCUCCUGUCUGCGUCCUCUCCCAGGUGGCCCCGUCCGAAAAGACGGUGCCACUCGGCCCAGGCGCCUGGGUUCUGAGUGAUCCGAGCUGGGUCCCCCGGAGCCCCUCCUUCCCCGGCAGGCGCCCUUCGCCAGCGCGACCUAGGCUCCCCCUGCGCGCCAUGGAGCUGGAGGCUGGGAACUUCAGCGAGGGGAACGCGAGCGGGCUCCAGCCCCCGACCCCGGAACCCAGGCCGCUCUUCGGCAUCGGCGUGGAGAACUUCGUCACGCUGGUGGUGUUCGGCCUGAUCUUCGCUCUCGGCGUGCUGGGCAACAGCCUGGUGAUCACCGUACUGGCGCGCAGCAAGCCGGGCAAGCCGCGCAGCACCACCAACCUGUUCAUCCUCAACCUGAGCAUCGCCGACCUGGCCUACCUGCUCUUCUGCAUCCCCUUCCAGGCCACCGUGUACGCGCUGCCCACCUGGGUGCUGGGCGCCUUCAUCUGCAAGUUCAUCCACUACUUCUUCACCGUGUCCAUGCUGGUCAGCAUCUUCACGCUGGCCGCGAUGUCGGUGGACCGCUAUGUGGCCAUCGUGCACUCGCGCCGCUCCUCCGCCCUGCGGGUGUCCCGCAACGCGCUGCUGGGCGUGGGCUUCAUCUGGGUGCUGUCCAUCGCCAUGGCCUCGCCGGUGGCCUACCACCAGCGCCUCUUCCACCGGGACGUCAGCAAUCAGACCUUCUGCUGGGAGCAGUGGCCCAACCAGCGCCACAAGAAGGCCUACGUGGUGUGCACCUUCGUCUUCGGCUACCUGCUGCCGCUCCUGCUCAUCUGCUUCUGUUACGCCAAGGUCCUUAACCAUUUGCAUAAAAAGUUGAAGAACGUGUCAAAGAAGUCAGAGGCGUCAAAGAAAAAGACCGCACAGACGGUGCUGGUGGUGGUGGUGGUCUUCGGGGUCUCCUGGCUGCCCCACCACGUCAUCCAUCUCUGGGCUGAGUUUGGGGUGUUCCCGCUGACCCCCGCCUCCUUCUUCUUCAGGAUCACUGCCCACUGCCUGGCCUACAGCAACUCCUCCGUGAACCCCAUCAUUUACGCCUUUCUCUCUGAAAACUUCAGGAAGGCUUAUAAGCAAGUGUUCAAGUGCCAUGCCCACAAGGAGUCACCUCUUAAUGACACUAAAGAAAAUAAAAGUCGACUAGACACCCCACCAUCAACCAAUUGUACUCACGUGUGAAAAAAGAGUAUUAUUUAAAAGUGUGGUAUUUGCAUGCAUGUGGACCAGACACAGAGAAAUACAUUGCGGUGUUAAGCAAGGCAGUAACUUGCUAUCUUAACAACAAUUCAUAUUAUAUUGUUUGAAUUCCACUUGUGUUUAAAAAGCACUUUGAUCUGCCUAGAAAAUCCUUAGGUCUAGUGAAGGCCAUUUCUAAAUUUUAUUUUAUUUCUAAAUUCUAUUCCAUAAGCAAAAGAUAAUAAUAUAGUUUUAUACAUCUUAAGAAAGUUUCUCAAGAAACUUUAUUUAAAGACUGUAAAGAGUCUAUAAUAGGACUCUCUAGAUUUGUAUUCUUUGUCAGAUGAGGAAGAAGGGCCUAUCAAGGUGGUCAGGAAUAUUUGUGAUCGACAUCUUGAAGUAAAUUUAAUUAGAAAACACAUUUGUGCUUUAGUUCUUCAAUUUUAAGAUUGGGGUAAUAUUGAAACUAUAUGUGUUUCAGAUACGAUUAUGGACACUUGAUCCUGAGUUUUAUUUUUGUGGACACUUAUACUGAGACAUAUAUAUUUGAUGGAAAUAAGCUUAUUUGCACAUCUGCUGCAUCUGCUCCCAGUUGUAAACAGUGCAUUGGGCUUCUGC